AUGAAACCCCCCCUACUGGUGUGCUUUCUUUUUCUGCUAGUGAGUGUCAAAACGGCGGGGGGCCUGCGGACACGCAACGUCGUCGACCGGAUUGACGGCGGCGGGGGAAUCAUUGGCACAGAGGGCGCGUCCACCGAUAGGAGCGCUGGGACUAGAAGCGGUGACCAAGCGAGAAGCGAUAGCACGGGAAGAAAUGCCCGCGAUGCGAGCAGUGGUGACCAAGGGAAAAAUGAUGGGACCGGAGGCGAUGCCCGCAAUGGGAACAGUGACGACGGAAAAGGUGUCCACGAUAGAGCCAAUGCUGAUGGAGGAGACCCCAGAGAUGGAGCCAACCAGACCAACCGAGCAAACCUAUCCUCCUGUGAUUUCACAGAAAGAUUAAACUUCAUUCCGCAGGAAAAAACCAAAGUGGUAUGCAACCUAAACCCACACCACGGAGAGGAAGUGAAAAUAUGGGUCAAUAAAGAAUACGAAGUGAAAUGCUUCCAGAACUCUCGAGUGUACUGUCCACUAAAAGAUUAUAUAAUGAACAAUACAGACAUUACUACCUUUUCCCCGAAACUGAAAUAUGAAAUAAAAGAUGUCGUGCACAGAGAUAGGGAGGUAAAGGAGUAUUACCUUCAGAUUGACGAAGACGCAAGUGACAUUUUAUUCUUCUGUUCAAUAAAACCUAAGCAAGUGUCCGAAUUGCUAGAGGGAGAAGUGAAAAUACAUCUAAAAAGAGAAAUUAGUGAGGAGUAUUCAGUCGCAACUGAAGAUGAGAUACACGUUUGUGAUUUUUCUAAAGGAAAUUUAAACAUCUCUCCAUCAGUAGGGUUUAAUCAUAAAAAUGACAGAUCGGUUAGCUGCAUCUAUCUUGUCAUCCCGAAUCAAUUAUUUUUAAUUAAGUUACCCAAAUUAGAAAUUGUCACGAAUCAGUUGCUCCCCAGUUUGGUUAACUGUUUGUCUCAAUACACUUUUAUUAAUUUUAAUUUGAAACAUGUCGAAGAAACUGAUGACUCCAUUUAUUUUCACCUAACCUUUGGUGAUUUUAAAAAGAGCUUUAACUUGUCCUGCGCAUUUGACUUAUCCGAAUAUGCUGUCGAGCCCUGUGCGCUGGGAAAGAAGGGAAGCGUGACAUUUUACUUCAGCGUCUAG